UUGGCCAAGGAAGCGUGCAAUCCACCAACCAAUCAUCAAUCCAAGCUUGUUACUCACUCAUAGAAAGUUACUGCCCAACUCGCACCUAAUAUUUUAUAGACAAAAUGAGCACAGCUAAAACUGUGAGUCCAACCAAGAAACUUAAGAAGGAGCAGCAACCUACUGUCAAUGAUACCCCUGAUGAAGAAGCACUUCAACUGCAAGCAGAUGAUCCCGAAGACCCAUCGAUAUUAUCAGACCCUGAAGACUACUUGGAAGAGAACGAAUCUCUUGAUAUGAAUCUCACCGGUGGCAACCAAAAAGUGUGGUUGGUUAAACUACCUAGAUACUUGAUGGAGAAGUGGCAAAAUCAGGAAGAAAUAGAUGGGAAACAGCUAGGCAUGGUUAAAAUCAAGAAAGACACAGGGUCCAAUGGGAAGUUACAAGUAAAGUUGGUAUUGAACAACCAGGAAAACAACAUGAAUGAUAUUCCUCAAGAAUAUGAUAUCAAGAUAUUAAACACUCAAGUGAGGAAUACCUAUGCAUUCAGUGAAGAGAACUUGAAGAAGUUUAAACAGGAAUUGACUGAAGUUUCUCAAAUGCCGGAACAGCCACAAUUGCCAACCGACAAGGAUGCAUCCAAGAAGAAGUUUGUUCCUCGUAAGAAGUUCAAAUUCUUUAGAGUUCAAAAGACAGGUGAAGAUGGACAGCAAGUUCGUAAAUAUAUCCCAUUCGUUAAAACCAUCCCUAAGAAAACAGCAUUGAUGGGUAAGAUUUGUCAUGAUUGUCAAAUAAUCCCUUCCAAGUCCGAUCUGAAAUAUGGGGAAAUAUACAUGAGAAGACAUAACAUCACCCAGGGCCCACCAAGGCCAAAGGUAACAUUAUUGAAUGAAAUUCCUGGGGUUAUUCAAUCGAAUGCUGGACCUUCCAUCAAAGGAAGCAAUACCUCGGUAUUCCUUAAAUCUACCAUUGCUAAAGGUAAAAAUGAAGGUAGGGCAAUCAGAAUGCCCAAAAAGGAUCUUUUGGACUUGUUGUUUAGAUUGUUUGAAGAGUAUGAGUAUUGGUCAAUGAAGGGGCUUAAGGAAAGAACUAGACAGCCAGAAUCAUAUCUUAAAGAAUCUUUAGAUUCAAUUGCAAAUUUAAUUAAAAAGGGACCUUACACAUCGAAAUAUAAUUUAAAGCCAGAAUAUAGAAGAUUGAGAGAUGCAGAACGUGCAGCUAGACUUGGUAUUGAUUUUACCGAGGAAAAAGAGGAAGAAGAAGAAGAGGAUGAGGAAAUGGAAGAUGUGGUAUGAAUAGAACAUUUUUUUAUGUAAUAGUUUUAAGCUUUGCUUUUGUAAUUUCAAAAUGUCAACGAAUCUCGUUAUAUAUUAAAUAUACAUAGAUGAUGGUAGCAGUUAAUUCACAAUAAAAAAAGACGGAAACAACACUUUUGUAUAAUUCUGGAUUAAUAUGUGGUCUCUUGGUCUUUGUUAUUCACCUCCUGCCAGAAAUUAUGAAACCCUUUUUUUUAACUUUAAUUAAUAAUCCUAUCAGUUAAAUUACAAGUUGGUGAUCUUUAAGGUUGGUGGUAAAGAUUGUUGUAACUUCUUGGCCUUGGAAGCGUCGUUGACAACCAAAGUGUAUUGGUACUUGGAACCUCUAACCUUGAACUUGGUUUGCUUGAACUUCUUACCGUUGGCGUUGAUCUUCUUGUUGACCUUGACAACAGCAGACUUGAUGUCAGCUCUUCUGGCUAAUUCGACGAAUUCCUUGAUAUCCUUGAUUUCUCUGGCCAUCUUUGAUUAUGUAUGUGUAAUA